UGUCUCUGCCCAUAACGCCUAGUCGAUGUAAACAUGCAUAACAGCACGUAAAUCUACUUUUAGGGCCGAAAUACAGUGGUUAUUUUUAGGUUAUGAGGCUUUCACUGUUAUGCGAAAGUGAUCUUCGAGGAUUUUUAACGCUCUGAAAGUGAUGGAAGUAUUUUAAAACAGAUCAAAUUCACAACCCUCGACAAUAUUCUGAACAUCAAGGAACACGCAGCUGUCCGUAAGCCUACAUUGUUGGGCUGAGAUUGAGUCAAGUGUUUCACGUGGAAUUUACAGCAAAGAUUUAUGAGGAAGAAAUGGCUGAAAGUGUAGAUUCUCCAGAACAUAGCUCGGCCGGAUCUGUUGACGACGAUUUCGUGAACAAUUGGAAGAAUGAGCGCAUGUUGAGAGAGAAAGAGAUCUCUAGCGAAGUGAAAUCACAGUUGCAAAGUGAGUGCAAAGCCUUUGGUGGCGAAAGACAGGCGUCAAAGAGAUGGGAAGAAGCCACAAAAAUGAUUGCUUAUCAAAGAGCCAAGGAGAAAGAAGGGACAGAAAACAACGAAAGCAAAAGGGAUAAACUGCUUCAAGAACAGAAGAGAUUGAAGGACGAAUGGCUUAGAGAAGAAAUGGAAAAGAAACGACAGCUUGAGCAGCUUCGGCAAGCGGAGAAAAGUAAGGCGAAAGAAGAAGCAGAUAAACUUGUUUCUUUAGAAAUGCAAAGGAUACGUGAAACUGAGACUGCGAAACAACAAGAAAGUCAAGACUUCUUCGCAAAAGAGCAGGAGAGGCGACUGCAAGAAGAAGCGAAGAAAGCUGCAGAAGAACAAAAACGACUUGAGAAGCAGAAACAAGUUGGACGUGAAAAACUGAAACACACAGAGCAAGAAAUGGAACGAGCGAUGCUAGAACAAAAACGGAAACAAGACGAACAGAAGAAACAGGAAGUAGAGUGGGUGAAUUUUACAGAAGAUUUGAAACGUAAACAAGAAGAGAAAGCCAAAGUAGAAGCCGAGAAGCAAAAACACUGGCAACUGGAAAAACACAAAGAGAACGAGGAGAUCAAUCAGUAUGUUGAAACAAGGAGAGCAGUGGAGUCUCAAAAGAGGAAGGAGUUUGAAGAAGAAAGACAUAAGACGUCUGAAGAAGCCCGCUUGUUAGAGACAGAAGUAAGACAACAGUUUUUGACCAAGAAGGAGAAAGUUGUGACGGAGUUGUUACAGAACGACCUGGCGAAGGAAGAGGCAAGAAAGAGAGAAGAAGCAGAUAGAAAGCGAAGAGAACGAGAAGAAAAAAGGCAAGAGGAUGAGAGACGCAAGUUAGAACUAGAAGAGCAGUUAAUGGCGAAUGAGAAAGAGAAACGUGAAAAGGAACAACGCAUCAAGGAGCAGGAGUGGAAAAGAUACCUGGAUCAAUUGAGAGAGAAAGAAGACGAGAAGACGCAGCGAGAUACAGCGCAGCAAAAGCGAAUGGCGGAGCAGCGAAAAGAAGAUGAAGCGAAGGCUGCAGAAAUGGCUGAAACACAACGGCGCGCUCGAGAACAGCGACAGAGAGAAGAACAUGAAGCCAUGAAAAUCGCGGAAAAACAGCGGCUUGAACAAGAACAAAAGAGAAAGGAACUGGAGAAGGAGAGAGAAGAAGCUAAGAAACGGGUAUUGCAGCAAGAUCAAGAGAAAAGAGAGCAGGAAAAAGCGAAACGAGACCUUGCGAUGCGGAAACAAGAACAGGAAGAGAAACUUAGAGAAGCCAACAAGGAGAAACAAGAACAUGAAAGAAAGAAACUCUUGGAAGUGCAACGCAAGAGACUUGAGCAUAGCGAAACUCAGGCGGCAAUCAUUGAAGCCGAGCUGCAGGAACAAAGAAACAGGCAAGAUGAACGAUCUAAAGGAGCGGCCGACAGCAGCAAGAUGCUGCUGGAAGAAAGUCGAAGGUUGGAGGAGAAAUUUCGUGAAGAAGCUGACAAGAGAAAGCGGGAACGCGACGAGAUACAGAAGAAAGAACUGCUAGAGCUCAAGCGAGCCGAGGAAGAAAUGAUGAAAAAAGCGCAGGCUUUGAGAAAGCAAGGUUCCUUUAGCAAUAGUGACCGACAGGGUUCUUCUGCGUCUGCUGAAGGUGAUACAAGUAAUGAGACUCAGGGCAGGUGGAAAAAAGGUUUUUUUGCGACGCUUUUUGGGCGUAAGUAAGAUUUCAGAACGCGUGUGCAAGAUUCUUCCCUCGCCAUUGGAUUUUCUUAUAUCGCAAAAGUUAAGCCUAGUCUACACGAGCAAUUUUUGUGUAACAAUUUUUAUGUGGCAAAUAUGCUUGAUCGUAUAGCUGGCACAGCACAUAUUUGUCAGCAAUUCAAAGUUUAGUGCGCCAGUGAUGACUUUAGACAGCAGAGAUACGCAGAAACAAGGCGAGGCUGCGUAGUCACCGCCCCACCC